AUGAUAAAUCUUCCAUUUUUAAAGUGGCCAGCUGUCGCAUUUUGGCUCUCCAUCGUUUUUGGUGCAUCUGGCAUUCUUUCAGGAUUUGCAGUUACAUUAAUUGCCUCCUAUCUUGAUUAUACACUCCCAUCUGUUACAGACGCAAUUGAUGAUGACAAUUCUAGGAUAAUUGUUCUUAUUUUCAUGGGAUUAACAGCUCCUUUCUUAAUUGGUGCUUCAUACAAGACAAGAACAUUCAUUGGAAAAAGUUCAAAGAAGGCUCUCCAAGCACAACUCAAGAUCAUUUCUAUCCUUGAUCCAAUCCAUCUUGUUUCCUGCAUAGUAAUGCCAGCUUCUUACAUUCUUAUGUACUUGAUUGGAUGGGAAAAACAUCCAGUCCUUCACAAUAUCCUCAUUUCAGCCUUUUCAGUUUCACAACUUGGCUUCCAGGUUACAACAGACAUGAUUUACGCUGUAAGCACAGACACAAUGAUCAAAGUUGCCUGGGUUACAGAUAUAAUUCACGCAAGCUUCUUCUGCGGAGCUGUCCUCUUCAAGUUCUUGAAUAUAGUCACUAAGGACUCAGACUUUUGCCACUCAAUUUUCGUUGUUUGCCAACUUGUUAUUUUCAUCUUAGGAUUCUUCAAGCUUAUCUUCACAGGCAUUGUUGUUCUCGGUGCUAGAUUCAUCGAUAGCAACUUUGAAAUCUUGAAGAAGGAGAAACAAACUAUUUUCGACGAAAAUUACGGAAUGGCUUAA